AUGGGAGAGGCAUUACCUCUGUUUGACGACGAUCUCAAUUGUAUUCUCACAGUCGUCGGUCAUUCGCUCGCCUCAGGCACAAGAGAAGCCUAUGGAUCCGGACUGUUAGUAUAUCACGUAUUCUGUGAUGCUAGAGGAGUACCUGAGAAUCAACGGGGGCUGGUGUCUUCGCUAUUACUGUUAAGUUUCAUCGCGACGUGCAUGGGGAUGUAUUCUGGGAAAACGUUGGAGAAUUAUUUGUAUGGGGUAAGAGCAUGGCAUGUCCUACACGGACUUGCUUGGUUGGGGGGUUCUGAAGAGAUAAUGUCUGCUCUAGAAGGUGCCUCAUGUUUAGCUCCUCCUCACUCCAAACGUCCCAAAUGCCACCCUUUUACACUCGCGAUCAUCCUCAGACUGCGCUCGGCGCUGGAUCUCACAGUUCCUCUUGAUGUUGCUGUAUACGCAUGCUUAGUAACAUCCUUCUUCACACUUGCACGUCUAGGCGAAUUAACCGUACGAUCCUUGAGCGCCUUUGAUCCAUCACUGUACACCACAGUCUCAGACGUGUGUUUCACCGAAGACUGCCACAGUUUGAAGGUCACCAUAAUUCGACUACCUCGUUCGAAGAUGUCGCCUUCGGGAUAA